AUGACAAUGUUAACCAUCCUUAUUUUACUCGUCUCUAUAUCAUCUUUCGAUAUUACUCAUGCUGCGUCAUCAUGUUAUGCGUGUAAUCCUUGUGGAACAACAUGGAAUCCAGCAGUAGCUACUACAAUUCAAACAACAACUCCUACUGACUAUUGCCGUAAAACCGUAACCGGAAGCCUUGUUGUAAAAGAUUCAACAUCAACAUGUAAUCCAGUUAAUGUUCUUAAUAAUGGAGUUUAUUGUUGUCAAACAGAUUAUUGUAAUACAGCAAGCAAAUAUUCAUUAAAACUAAUUCAUAUUGGAUUUUUAAUGAUUUUUAUUAGAAUAAUAUGUUAA